UUGAAUCAAUGAAAAAUUCUAUGUAAAUGUACAUCGUGCAUUACCUAAUUCGUUACACGUUUUUAUUUUUUAAGUACUUAUGUGAAUGUAAGGCUUUUAAUAUAGAAUGUGCCAAAUAAUAGGCAAUGGCUGUGUCAUCAUGCAGGGUUGUUUUUUUUGCUUUCUUUUUCAUUUUGUUUGCUAAACUACUCGCUGCCACGUUUAGCAACCGCUCUACGUCUUUAUUUCGAUGCCUUACUGGUUUUCUGCAACCCAGUCUUGUGUUCUUUAAGGGUAAGGAAUCAAGAUUAUUAGUCACAAACAAAAUGACAUCGUUUCCAUGGCAACCGAUCAGUGUGUCUCCCUUCAGCACACACACACACACAUUAUUGCUUAGCCAGCCAUAAUCGUGUCAAAGAUGAGAAGUAGUUUGAGAAUCGAAACACUUGAAGCGGUCGGGAAUCGGCGUAUCAAACCCUCAUCAGCACCGUCUCGCGAAACCAAGAAACGCACUAUUCAGCGCAGCGGACCUCUGUGAGAACACCCGCCUCAUUCCACCGGUGUUUCGUGACAGGGUCGGAAUGUUCUUGUGUGCACACUUUGCAGGCGGCGUCGAUUAACGACAACACAGAGAAAAAACGCAUGGCAUCGGUGCCGUCCGUUCUUCUGAGCGUUAUUAAAAAUAUUGGAGCGACUUAGGAAAAGGUUCUCUCACCUGGAAUACUUUCACAGUACAUAACGUUUACACGCAAAUAAGUUGUGCACGAUCUGUUGCCUAUCGCUAAAAACCGAUGCUUUAUCUGUAGUACGAACAUGGAAACACCUGGGGUAGGUGAGAGAAAAUCCUGGAAAGAAAUAGUGACUAUAACUAUUGUUUUGUGACCAAAAGACGAGGCUGCCAGCAGUAGGGAAGCGCUGCAACAGUUUGUGGAAAUAACAGACUUUCUCAGCCCUCAUCGUCGCUCAGGGUUGAAUAAGAUGUGAGAUCGGCGGCAGAAAUCAGCACAGAGGCACAUCGCUUGAUUACUGAACACUUCAUAUCUGCCAGUGGAUUCCAAGAUCAACCCUGCAAAAAUAGUGAGGAAACAGCCAUGUCCACACCAUGGGAUUUUAAACCAUUUCACCAAGAGCUUCAACAAACCUUUUCAAACGUUUCUCGGUCUCAAUGAAAACUGGGCUUAUCUUAAAAGCAAAUCUGCUGUGUGAACCUUAAGAAGCUGAAUAGCGGCUGCGAGGUUUACACAGUCACUCUCCUUGGAAAUUUCUAUUGUGAAGACGAAAACGUUCUACGUCUUUUCUGCCACCAUCAUCAUUUUUUGUGUGUGUCUGUGUUAACGGUUUAUUAUACAUUCUCAAUACACACCUAAGAUAGGUGUAGAUAGGGCGUACAUUUUAUAUCCAACAUGACAGAUGACUCAAUUCAUAUCUGAUCUCUUUUAACUAUUUUAAAUUUGCACACAGGAUUAUCCAUUUGGUAAUUCUUCACAUGCUGAACGAGGAAACACAUUCAUUUUAGUUCAGUAAUGUACUAGGCCAUGAAUGAAAUACUGAACAAAAUCAAAAUGAUUCUUCACCAUACUGCCCUCAAACUCUCAAAGGAGUUCAACAUUCUGAGUAGUCCUGUUAACACGUAAACAAGUGCAGUAGAACAAGAUUAACUUCUGAGGUUAUUGUUUUCCAAGUGUAUGGAAAUUGAUUAUAUUUGUUAAAAAUAGUAAACAUUCAGGGAGCAUUACAGGUCAGGGAAAACUGUUUGAUGAAUAAGUGCCAUUGCUGAAUGUAAGGAGUGCCCAAAAAAAAUAAAUAAAAUAAAAUAAACAAAAAAUUGUGGCGAGAAGCAAAACAUUAGUUUACAUUUUAAAGAUGUUUACAGCUGCCCCUUUCUCUUAAAUGAAUAUUUAAUUCUGAUAAGUGCCAAAACGGGGAAUUAAACCUAAAUACUUUUAAUGUACACAGUUGUACUACAACAUAAUUGCCUUCAUGUGUCAUGAAAACACUAGCUACUGAAGUAAUAGGAGGACAGUAACGAGAAGCCAUUUUGUUUGUCUGCAGAAAUGUGUAAAUGCGUGUUUUUGAAGAAAACCACAAAAGGGAAUAUUUGCCUUGUUAAUACAUUCAAAACAGACAAUUCGUUAAAUAUUCUUUCAUUUCCUGUUUAUACAUGAACUAGCCAAUUGUAUGUUGCAUGCACAGAAUAUUGUCAGCGUUUGGAUUGUUUUACAUAUUGUUCAGGUUUUCCAGCUAUAUGUUGGACAGAAGCGCCAUAUGAUGAGAGAAUAUGUGUUGUGUAACUCACCUUGAAGCUGAAAGCACAUCAAAAUAGUUAUUUUUCUCUCACGCUGUCUCGGAGUGUGACCGUUCACAGCACACACUUUAACAGACUUUGAGAACAGAUUUUUCUUUUAAGACUGUUUUGAUAUAUACUCAGAUUUCAUACGUCGGAGGGCUGCUACAAGAAUAUUUUACAUACAGCGCAAUCAGGCUGUUUUUACAAAAUUCGGCAUUGUGCGGUGGGUUGAGUCAGCAAGAGAAAAUAGCAGCGUUAGUCAUGUAAAGAUGAUGCCCACCUUGGAAGCUCGAAUGCGUGUCAUCAUUCUCUUCCUGCUAAUCGCUGUCCCAUUUAACGCUUUCUCUGCGAGCAUCCCGGGCCCUACCAGAAACACACCAAAUGGGCCUAUCACCAAUACCCCGACGCCCAACCCCAGAUCUCAGGGUAGGGGCUUUCUAUACCCCCUAUCUAAAAACGUUGGGGGUAUGAGAGGGAAGUCCAUGAAUCGUCGGCCAAAGCAGCUAGCUGGAGAGGCAGAAAUGCCCCUCAGGCCGCUGCCUCAGAUAAUGCUGCCAAAGAAUGUAACGACUAAUGCACUGAAGGCCCCUAUUGAAGCGGCGCAGGUAGCUCCGCCUGCUCGCAAACGGGUGGAAGUGGACGUGUGUCGGGGCUAUUACGAUGUCAUGGGGCAGUAUGACCUCACCUUUAACUGCUCCAAGGAUGACUUCAUCUACUGCUGCGGCACCUGCCAUUAUCGGUUUUGUUGUCCGGACCGCUCUCGAAGGCUGGACCAGAACAUCUGCCACAACUACCAUUCCCCUGUGUGGGCCAAUACGGCCCCCCCUGCGACCAGACCCCCACCACCUGCCCACCCGGACCUCAGCCGCAUCGAACAAAGCAACAACACGGUCUAUGUCAUCGGCGGAGUCAUCUCGUUUACAGUGGCAGUGGCAGUGGCCAUUAAAGUGGCGUUCCACAAGGCAUCACGGCAGCCUAGGAACAGAGAACUCAACAUGCCCAGGGCUCUUGUGGAAAUGUUGCGUCACCAGUCAAGUCCAGUUCAAGAGGGAGAGAGAAACAACAGUGUAGCCUUGGGUACUGGAGGUGGAGAGGGAACUCUUGGACGACCCCCGAAAAAUCACUAUCCAACACUACAGAGUAAAGAUAACCGACUGGGGAAUCUACAGCAUAACUUCAUCCACACCACAGGUUCCAGUCCCAAACACACAGCCACUAUUGAGCGUGCACAACGUAUGAACAACAUGCAGCUGGCCACCGGUGGCACAUUGAAGCCCAGUAAACAUACUAACGCCAUGAAGACCCAGCCGUCCUUCCAUCACUCUUUACAUAACCUGGCUCAGCUGCCGCCCUCAUAUGAAGCUGCCAUGAAGCCUGAGAUCAACAGAUACUCAUCUCUCAAGCGUCUGGAGAAAGGAGGAUUGGAGGAAUAUUCAGGUUACUGUACCACCAAACGGAGGCCCAACAAUGCCCCUCCCACCUUUCAUUCCUCCCAGCAUCACCUUCCCUGGGGUGGUGACUACACGAUGGGAGGAAGAGGCACGCUUCCCAACCGUGCUACUCGUCCUCGAAUACCUCAUCCACAGUCUGCUCCAAGCCACACCCCGAAUCCUUACCCUCUGGAUCCACCGGAGUCAAAGCAAAACCAGAACUAUGAUACGCUUUCCAAACCACCACGCCGCGUCAAAUCCACGGACCAGCUCCUCGCCCUCGGUGACGGCAACACCUUGUCAAGGAUGUCAAAGAACCAACAGCACCAGUACUACAAAGCCAUGGCCACUUCAUCAAAGAACUCCAAUACGAACACCCUGAAGAAGUCCAAGGAGAGGCUGCUGAUGUCCCCAGACCACCUAGAGGAGGAGGCAGACGGUGUUGAGUAUGACGGAAGCAGGAUGGGUAUGGGAAUGGGCGACUACACAUCUGGAGGGGGAGGUGGAAUGGUACCCACCCUGCCCCGCGUUAGCCACCAGAAAGCUCAAUCGCAGCAGAAUGUUUGCGCUACGCCAUCGCUUGACCGUCACCACAUGAUCAAGAUGAACUCGCACCCGACCUCGGGGCGAGAGCAGGAGCGCAAUUCAGCAGCGAUGUCAGGUCACCUGGGAGGAGGUGGGGCUGGAGGAGUGGGAUGGGGCGACAUGCCAGGAACUGGAGUUGUCAUGGGAACAGGGACUCUUGGUGGACAAGUUGGAUGGGGGGUUGUGUUUGGAGCUGGAGUUCAAAUUGGCAUUGAACAACUUCACUUCAUCCCCGGUGGAGGGGGAAGUGGAGGAGGAGUCGCAUCCAACCAAGGGGUUAGAACAGGAAGCAAGAAUGAGGUUACUGUGUGAGCAAGAGGCUGGAGAGGGUAAGGAGGGAAUGUAGAAGAUGGGUGAGGGAUAGACUGUGUGAAAAGCUGGAGGAUGGUAGAGGGACUGUGGGAGAGAGAGUGGGCGGAAGAGGGAGAGAAAUAACGAGAGAAGAGAGAAAAGGAGUAGGAGGAUGGUAAAGGAAUAAGAGAAGCAGAUUUUGAAGUAGGGGGCCACGAAGUGGAAGAAACUCGACACAGAGCGAAGUGGCACCAUCUUUUUACAGAUAUAUAUUGUAUAUAGUGGCAAAUUCAAAAGAUAAGAUUAGAUAACAGUUACAAGCCAGGUUUGAUAGAGCUUCAGAGUUGUCAUGCUUUUUAUGUUCAUGAAAUUGCCGCUAUAAUUAUGAUUGAAGCUGCCAUAUACAAGUAUUUAUUUGCGUACAGUUUGCCUAUAAACUUAUUGCAUAGAAUAUCAGUAGAGUGUAAUAUAAAUUCCACAUGAUGUGACAGAUGAACUGAAACAUUUUUCAUAUCUUGAUGUCAUGUUUUUAUCCUCAGAUAUUUUACAUUGUUACACAUUACAGAUAUAGCUGCUAUGGAGCCAUAUAUUUCAGAGAACGGCUUUCAUCUUGUAAGUAUGAUGGAAUUACUGGGAGACUAAUAUAAUAAUUAACGUCUGCAUAAGAGGAACCAGUUGAACAUGAGUUGAGCACUUAUCCCAACUGAUGAAUUGUAAAGCUACUUACAGCUGGACAAACGUAAUGCUGGAUCUUAUCUCUUUUUAAACCCUAAUCCACUUCAGCAUAAUGAGGAAGUGCGGCAGGGUUUUCACAACGUAUGUCAAAAUUAAUGGAGGUGGAAUAAUUUGAGGAGCAUAUCCAUAAACUCUUAAGAAUCUGAUUAACUCUUUUGAAUACUGCGAGACAGAGAAAGCAAGCCUUACCAUACCUUACCAUUGUUUCGCCUGCAUCUUAUUCAGUGUGAAUUUAACAUGGAUGUACCAAGUGAGUUUCUGUUCAAUUUGUUUUUAUUUUGGAAUCCUAAAAAAGUACACAAGUUUUAAAUUCUCAAGUCUGCCCUUCAGUACAUAACUGAAGAUCGCUUUGAACUAUCGAUGAAAGCCAUUCUGGGACACAUUUGGGCAGAAAAGCCCAGACGAAACCAAGAGAAAUGUCUGACAAUCAUCUUUUUUCUCCAUUUAAAAAGACUCAUUAAUGAUCAAUGGCACUUUGUUUGGAGCCACCACUUUCUACAAUGUCCAAGUGCUGGGAUUUGUAAGGGAGAUUCACCAUAAGGGACGCUGGACUACCAAAAGCACAAGAAUAAUACAUUAGAUCCCUGUAACGCUGGGUACUUACCCGUUAAUGCUCCUCUUAGGUAUACUGUGUAGACAAACGGUUCACCUUAAGCUAUUAAAUAUGGAUCUGAGACGAAGAAAACGACUCAAGAGUAAGGGCACUCAUCAACGUAUGUAUAUGUUAUGAUAUUCUGGCAUAAAAUUAGUGUAACAUGGCAGUAUCAUUAUCUCGCUCAGGUGUGGGUUGACAUUUGCAUAAAGACAAACCUUCUGGACUGCUUUUUGAAUCUCCAUGUUGAAGCCAUGUGUAUAUGCUGUUAAAACUGAGACUCUAUGAACAGUCUGAGGAUACGGGCAUGCCAAAACAUCUAACCUGUAUUUUGAAUCUGCUGUUACUGAGAUAUGAACACAAGAAGUCAUACCUGAUGUCUUCAUAACCAAUAACGCUUAUCAAUAUUAAGGGCUAUACAACACACAUGCGUUAGUGGUACAGACGUCACCCACAGCUUACUCAUUAUUCAGUGAUAGUAAUCUCAUUAUUUACAAAAAGAUAUUAAUGUAGUAAGUAAAUAUUACAAUGAAAAAUGUAAACGUGAGAUUGUUUGCAAACAAGCCAGAAUUAUUUACUGUAUGGUUCUGAGCUUUGAGAAAUAGCGCAGGUGUCAGGACCUCAGUUUACCAAUGAAAACUAAUGAAUUUAUUUUGUAAAACCACCAACUGAUCAUUUUUUGUCAUAGACUUUAUACCUCUUGGUUGAUUUUCAGUGUAAUGAAAUUGAAGGUUAUAAGUUACGGACUAUUUGAAUAUAUAUGCCUCCCAGUAAAAGUGUUAAGGAGUAGUUUAUAUCACAUCAGCAUCAGGAGGAAUGGUGGUAACACAUUCAUAUAACUAUUCACUGGAACUAGUGUGUAUCUUAAAGAAUUAUGAAUACAACUUAAAGACAAUCUUCCUAACAGCUUUGUAAUACAUUGGUGUUUGUUAUUGUCAUUACUAUGACAGUUAAUAUUAUGGUUAUUGGUGAAACUUCUUCUUGUUGUUAUGGUUAUAUUAUGAUUAUGAUGGUGAUUUCUUUCCUCUGUGGUUUUAGUGUUAACUUGUUUUAGAUAUCUUUCUCAUGAAAUUCUUUUGAAAUUAUGAGUAGAAAAUAGAAGCACAAACUUCAAAGCCACUCAUUGUUUGCCAAUUCUUCACGCAUUCCUAAUGAUGAGGAGUGCCUUCAAAAAUCUCUCAGUGUGAUGUCACAUAGUAAUUGUUUUGAAUGCCGUUACUUGUUGCAGAGACAUCACAAUGGGUUUAUAAAUGAUGUCAUAGGAUGUAUGUUGUAUGUAUGUAACUGAAUGUCUUCUUUUUGUUAACUGAAAUUUCAACUUUUUAAUGUUUCUUUCAGGGACAAUUAGAGCAGUUGAAUCUAUUUAGUAUUUUCUUUGUCAUAAAAAGUCUGUAGCAAUGUCUGUUUUGUAUCCACAAGCCAUAAUUAUGAAAAUGUUUAUGGUAUUUAUUAACAAGGCAUAUUACUGCAGAAAAUAACGAACAUUGGAUGUGCAAAUAAAGCCCUGAAGCAUUUUAAAUGG